AUGUCAGACGACAAUUCACCAGUUGUUGAGGAGCAGAAGAAAAAGCGCGGCCGUCCCCCAAAGAAUGCCGACUCUAAAAAUGCCGUAAAGGAGCCCAAAAAGCGAGGACGCAGUGCUGCAACGGAAAAAAUUAACGCAUCUCGUCCACCAAAAUCCGAUAAUGAAGAUGAUGCCCCACCUGGACCAGUCAAAAGAGGUAGAGGUAGACCCAAAGGAUCUCAUAAAAAAAAGAAUCCAGCAAAGACCACCGCUCCAUCACCUGGCCGUGGCCGUGGCAAACCCAAGAAAAUAGAAGAAAAACCAGAGAGUACCGGUGAAGAAGAAGAAAUGGAAGAAGAAGACGAUGAAGAGGAAAACUGA